AUGGAUCGGAGGAGCUGGCUUUGGCGGAGGAAGUCAUCUGAGAAAAGUCCCGGCGAGACGGAAAGUACAGGCUCACUCUCUUCUCAUUCUGAACGAUUCUCAGACGACCAGAGAUCUCAAUCACCGGAACUAAUCUCUAAACCUGUAACAAGAGAAGAAGAGGCAACGGCGGAUAUCACGAUUCUAACGGAGAGGCUCUCUGCAGCUCUUUUGAAUGUCAGUUUAAAAGAGGAUCUUGCGAAGCAGCAUGCUAAAGUUGCAGAGGAGGCUGUCACAGGUUUGUUGUUUUCACAUGAAUUUUUAUUAUUUGAAAUGGGAUUUAGUGGACUAAUGUACAUGAGCGGGUUUUGCUUGAUUUUAGGUUGGGAAAAGGCAGAGAAAGAAGCUGCGGUUCUGAAGCAACAGCUUGAUGCUUCUGUAAGCAAGGUUUCGGCUCUUGAGGAUCGAAAUAGUCAUCUUGAUAGUGCACUUAAGGAAUGUGUGAGGCAACUCUGGCAAGGAAGAGAAGAGCAAAACCAGAAGAUCGAAGAGGCUAUAACCAAGAAAUGCGCAGAGUGGGAAACUGAAAAAUCUGAACUUGAAUCCCAGAUCGAGGAGCUCCAAGCCAGGAUUCAAAAGGGGGAAGAUGAGGUUGCUACUGCUUCAGCCCACCAAGACCUUUACUCGAAACUUGAGGCUUUAGAGGAAGAGAACUCAGCUUUGAAGCUACAGCUGCUUUCAAAGUCAGAAGAGGUCGAGAUAAGAACUAUUGAGAGGGACUUGAGCACUCAAGCUGCUGAAUCUGCCAGUAAACAGCAGUUGGAAGGGAUUAAAAAGUUGACUAAACUUGAAGCGGAAUGCAGGAAACUGAGAGUCAUGGUGAAGCGAUCCAGUGAACUCAAAUCUUCUGUUUCUAUAGAUAACCAAUCAAACAACUCGGAGAGGGUUUCGUUUAGUGACAAUGAGACGCAGAGUUCCUCUGAAAAGGUCACUGGGAAGACUUCGAUGGCUCCUUCAGUAGACAUCGGUUUGAUGGACGAUUUUCUCGAGAUGGAAAAGCUCGCUGCUCUGCCGCCACAUUCUGAGCAGGGAAGAAAACAUACAGAGAGUAACAUGGGAUUAGGAAAACCUGAUGCACAACUAAAACAUGAACUUGAAACCUCACUUCACAGAAUCUCUGAGUUGGAGGAAAGAGUAGAGAUGGUGGAGGUAGAGAAAUUGCAGUUGGAGAUGGCCUUGAAUGGAUCCAGAGAGCAAAUUGAGGCAUUGCAGAGCCGAUUAAUGGAGACAGAGGAGAAGUUAUCGGAGUUGAAGAAACUAGAACCAGAAAACCAGGAUCUAGAGUUGUCGUUGGGUGAAUCCGAGAAGCAUAUUCAGGAUCUUCAAAGACAGCUAAACAAAGCACAGGUGAAUCUGUCAGAACUAGAGACUACAAGAGCAGAAAACCAGGAUCUAGAGUUGCUGUUGGGUGAAUCUGGAAAGCAAAUUCAGGAUCUUCAAAAACAGCUGAACAAAGCACAAGUGAACCUGUCGGAGCUAGAGACUAUAAGAGCAGAAAAGCUGGAACUGACCAUAUGCUUAAAUGGGACAAGGAAGCAGCUUGAGACAUCGCAAAGUCGGCUAAAGGAAACAGAGAGAAAGUUAACAGAGCUUCAGACUCUGCUGCGUUUAACAAAGGAUGCAAAAGAAGCGGCUGAGGAUGGUGUAAAAGCCGCAAACGCGAAAACAGAAGCGGUUGAAUCAAGAUUCAGAGAUGUUGAAGCACAAGUGGAAUCUUUGAUCUUGAAGAUCGAAUCUUUGGAAGAAAGUAGAGAAAAGGAACGUGCUUUAUCGGCAAAACACAUUUCAAAGUGCGAAGAACUGCGAGAUGAAAUCUCAAAACUAAAACACGAACUCGAGCAUCAUCAAGAAGCAGAGCAUGAGCCUAACCAUUUGAAAGCUUUUGAUGACGAUUAUAAGCUGAAGCAGGAGAAGGAAUUAGCAGUUGCUGCCUCAAAAUUUGCAGAGUGCCAGAGAACUAUUGCUUCGCUGGGUCAGCGACUACAGUCACUUUCCACACUUGAAGAUUUCUUGAUUGAGUCUUGA